GCACACACAUUGGAGGGGGGAGGGUGACGGUGAGGGAGUGGUGCGAAACUCCUCACGAGGAAGAAGCGUCUGCGCUCUUUCUGAGGGGCGUUACGCCUCUGCUGGUUUGUCCUGGGAAUCCGUGAUUCCAGGGAAUUCUAUCUGGGAAAUUGGAUGGGUCUUGCCGGCGAAGGGGGGCUUGAUGUUGGAGGCGGCGGCGCAUGGGAAAGGGGUUUCCGGAGUUUGAUGCGGAGGAAGAAGGUCGAUUCCGUAUACGAUAGAUCGCAAGGGACUCAGUUGGCCAAACAUCUCUCUGUCGUUCAGCUCAUUGCCAUAGGCGUCGGAUCGACGAUUGGAGCAGGAGUCUAUGUUCUUGUUGGUACCGUUGCAAGGGAGCACUCUGGACCGGCGCUUACUAUCUCUUUCUUGAUAGCUGGAAUUGCAGCCGCCCUUUCUGCAUUUUGCUAUGCAGAGCUCGCAAGCCGCUGCCCGUCUGCUGGAAGUGCUUACCAUUAUUCAUACAUAUGCGUGGGAGAAGGUAUUGCUUGGCUGAUUGGCUGGGCUCUAAUACUGGAAUAUACUAUUGGUGGUGCUGCUGUUGCACGUGGGAUAUCCCCAAAUCUGACACUGCUUUUUGGAGGAGAGGGCAGCUUGCCAGUGAUUUUAGCUCGUCACCAUCUCCCAGGACUUGACAUAGUUGUUGAUCCUUGUGCUGCCAUUCUUGUUUUUAUUGUCACUGGCCUCCUCUGCAUGGGAAUCAAGGAGAGUUCCUUCGUGCAAGCCACUGUAACCAGUGCAAAUGUCUGUGUUAUGAUUUUUGUUAUCAUAGUCGGUAGUAUCAUCGCGUUCCAGAAUGGAUGGCCUGGUUAUGCCCUUCCUAGUGGAUAUUUUCCUUUUGGAGUUAAUGGGAUGCUUGCUGGAUCUGCCACUGUUUUCUUUGCAUAUAUAGGCUUUGAUUCAGUUGCAAGCACUGCUGAGGAGGUGAAGAACCCACAACGAGAUUUGCCGUUGGGAAUUGGAAUAGCUCUAUCCAUAUCUUGCUUCUUAUAUAUGCUGGUAUCUUCAGUUAUAGUUGGCAUGGUACCCUUCUAUGAGAUGGACCCUGACACACCAAUUUCAUCUGCUUUUGCUAGUCAUGGAAUCCAGUGGGCAAUGUAUGUCAUCACUGCUGGUGCAACUACUGCUCUUUGCUCAACAUUGAUGGGUUCCAUCCUUCCUCAGCCUAGAAUACUGAUGGCAAUGGCUAGAGAUGGAUUACUGCCUUCAUUCUUCUCAGAUGUCAAUAGACGCACCCAAGUUCCUGUUAAGGGUACCAUUGUUACAGGGAUCGUUGCUGCAUCUCUGGCCUUUUGCAUGGAUGUUUCUCAGCUGGCAGGAAUGGUUAGCGUUGGAACACUACUGGCAUUCACCAUGGUCGCAAUUUCAAUUUUAAUUCUGAGGUAUGUCCCUCCUGAUGAAGUACCUCUGCCAGCAUCACUUCAAGAAGCAAUAGACUCAGUAUCACUAAAGUAUGCUUCCCAACAAGCUAAUGGGGAAGACCCUGAAGAUCCUGGUUGUGGUUGUAAAGAUGCUCAACAAACUGCCAGAACGCAUGAACACCACUCUACUGAUGGAUCACUCGGAUAUCCUCUAAUUGAAAAGUAUCAACCUGAAGGUAAACCUGAUGAUAAAAAAAGGCGCAAAAUUGCAGCAGUCAGCAUUGCUUUUGUGUGUACAGGAGUGCUUCUGCUUACUUCUGGAGCUUCUUUUGAAUCUCUACCUGGUCUUCUACGAUUAUCUGCUUGCCUUGCUGGGGCUAUGCUUUUAUCUUGUGGUUUGGUCGUUCUCUCCUGGAUUGGCCAGGACGAUGGGAGGCAUACCUUUGGACAUACUGGAGGUUUCAUUUGCCCUUUCGUUCCUCUUCUGCCUAUUUGCUGUAUCCUGAUAAAUGUUUACCUACUGAUAAAUCUUGGUGGUGGUACGUGGCUUCGGGUUUCAGUGUGGCUCUCAAUUGGAAUCAUUGUAUACUUGUUCUAUGGAAAUGGCCAUAGUUCAUUGUCAGAUGCAGUUUACGUGCCAGCAGCCCAUGUCGAUGAGAUAUACAGGAGUUCUACAAGUCUGGCUUAAGAACUGUAUGACUCUGUCCCAUGGUCUGCGUUUCAACCGUUGUAUUAUACAUUCAUUCUGCUCUUACACGUUCCCAGUUUUCAGCAUGUAUAUACAAGUUAGUAAUUCCCUUGUAGAGGAUUCCUCUUGAUGUAUUUGAGAGCAUCCAGCAUGGUGCUCCUGCUUGUAAAGGAUGUAACUAGUCUGCCCUUAUGGAAGAAUCUGGAAAAUAUUCUAAAUCAUGCAAAUGAUAAAGUAGGCAUACUUUUAA